ACCUCACAACCUUUGAUGAUUAAUCUGAGUUCUCUAUAUUAUUAAAGUUUGUCWCUUUUGAACGUGCAGCUUCCAACAGCGUAAAGGAAGGCGAGUUUGGAAACAUGRCCUGGUUUAUAUGCUUCGCUGUAAUUUCUACAUUUUGGACUAUGACUUCGCAAGAAACCGAUAUUACAGCAUUGUUAAAGAACGUAACCAAGAAGUUCGACAUUCUGGAAAACACAAACGCAACGAUCGAGAACUUCAAAAGACUCAAAGGACAAGCUGCUAUAGGAUUCUCUUUGGACCUGGAUUCAAGAGGGAAAACCAUUCUAACAGUCACUGAUGACUGGGCCCUGACAUUGAAAGCUCCGUUGGACAGAGAGAAGCAACAGUUUCACAACUUUACAGUUCGCUUCGCAAAAACUGGAGUGAUAAAGAAAACAUUAUUUACGAUAUACACAAAUGGCACAGUUGCAAACACAACUCGUCUGAGGCCCGAUACAACCUACGUUAUGAACGUUUCACUCAAGGAUAAUGGCAGUCCAGCCUUACAGUCAUAUAUGUCAGUAAAGGUCAUCACAUUACCAAUUGAAUACAGAACCAUUGAACAAUGGUCUACUAGAGGUUACAACAUUACUAAAAUACAUGUCAACAACGUCUGCAACAUUACAACAUAUGAAGGAGCUAAAAAUGGAGUCAUAGCUCUUGAUCAAARAACAUCCAAGAUAAAAGUAAACAGACUUGUUACAGAAACAAUUGGUAAAAACCUAUGCAUCUUGAUUGAGACAAUUUGCCCAGAUUAUAAGCUGAAAAUAGCAUACAGAGUAACAGUGACCUCAAGUAAUGUCAACCCACAUGUUGCUUACAUAACGUUCAAAGUGACCAGAGCCAAAUAUUCAGAGCUGAAUCAACUGAGUUUGUUGUUAAAGAUAGAAAAUGMGACAGAUGCCUGUAUUGGUCUAUCUAGAGGGGGAUCACGUGUGCUUGAUUUGAAAGGGAACAGUACUGYAAACGUCAUCCUACAACGAACUUACUACAACGACAUCGAAUACAAAAAGAUCAACAGCAGUACAACAUAUUCUUGUUUGAAGAGAACUUUAUCUUUAGAAGAUAUAGUWUUCUCCCAGCAUGCUCCAACUACAACUCGUCCCACUGCCAUUGGAACAACUACAGAGAGAGAAGUAAUAAAGAACAACUCGAUCACCGCUCCGACUCAUGGGACUACAACUCAUGUGCCUGAUACUUCUCCACCAAGUACUCAGCCCACUGAACAUCGUCCUUCCCCCACAACGAAACCAAAUGAUCCGUCACCAACUACUGGGAUCGCUGAACAGUCAACACUUUCUCCCACCACUAAAUUCAAACAUAAUAAUACAGACGGUUCGGAUUCAAAAACUGAUAGCACCAAACACGUUUCUACCACAAACACAGCGACCAAUGCAGUAAUAGGAGUUCUCAGCACCAUUGUGGCUAUUUUCAUCGUCUUUUUAGUAAUAAAACUUGYGAGAAGAAAAAUCAGACAAAAACGAGAAAGAGAAUGCCUUGAAAUGACACAGAUAAAUAGUCCAGAGUUGCCAUGGAGAGAGAUAGAUAAAGCAUUYAUAGCGACUGGUAAAGAGCUCGGUUCAGGGUUCUUUGGUAUCGUCUUCCAGGGCACAGUCAUCUURGAUGGGCAGUCAGUCAACUGUGCUGUCAAGACRCUCAAACGUAAUGCUUUUACUAAAUUACUUCUUGUGCAUCAACCACACUUGAAUCAUAUGACUUUUCCUUGCACGAAUCCACACUGUGGAACUAGCAUGAAAAGAUUACAAAGUAUGUUGGCAUUCACAUUUACCAAAAGAUGUUUAUCAGUAUUAAUAUACGUGAUUUCCAGCAUCUGUCUUUGUUUUGGCCAGGAAGGCCAGUAA